AUGGAGCUGGAGACGGCUAAAAAGGACAGCGACGAGACCGUCACAGGCACUAAUACCAGUAGAGGUUCCUUGCAACACUCUCAGUCCUCUAUCGCGGCCUCCGAUGGUAGACUCUCUCCUUGGAGUGAUAUUCACACGCCACCAACAAAGCGGGUCCGUCGUGACUCUCCUCCUCCCGCAGGUUUGCCUUGGGAUGAUGCCGAGUCUCUAUUUGAGCAGCCCAAUGUCGGUCAACUCAACCAGCCGACCUCUACAACCUCUUUCCCCUCCGGUCAGCAGCAUGCCACACAGUUCCAGCCGGUUAACCGAGACGCAAUGGAGGAGGAUUUCAUUCCUCUUACUUCCGAAGAGGAGUGGGAGCAGGCUGGUAUUGAGGCCGACGCUUUUCUUGAGAGCUUCGGAAUGGAGUUGGCUUCCUACGGCUACGUUCAGCCCUCGUCGACCCCUUCCAACCGUCCGAUGCCUUUCACCAGCCCUGGUAGCAACAUCACUGGACACAAUAACUCCGCUAACGAGUUCGGCCCUGAUAUCUCCCAGAAUACCACCUUCGCUGAAACAGAAGCCGUCAUCACGGAGGAAUCGAAAGGCAACGACAACGAUGAUUCGGCCUGUUCGCUGAUGAGCUCUCCUGUUCCGCGCGGAGCAAUCUCUCCUGACACCGACGGUGAUGUUUGCAUGACAAACGCUGCUGAGGGCUCUGUCGAGACCCCAACCGAGGGUCAGGCUAUCGUCCCAUACCAGACGGUGAAGCCUCUCCAGAGAGACCCUCCCUAUGACCCUCGCGUCAAGGCACUUUUCCAAGGCCGAGAGCAUGAGAACGUGUACGUCAACGUCGCUGGCCGCAACACGGCAAUGGAUAUGUACGAGGACGAGGAGACGCGUGCCGCAAAGCGAAUGUCGCGCCUGACCGUCAAAGACUCCGCCUGA